UGCAUUCUGUCCUCAGGCUGCACCCCAACAAAAUGUGGCAGAGCCAUUUCAGACAAUGUUGUGAUUUUGGAGGGGGCACAAAGACUUGCUGAACUGGGGUUAUCACUUGCUGGCUCAGAUGGUGGUGAGACCUAUGGAUCCUUUGAUUACACAUCAUUACUCUACCUCUCUGAUUAUGGUGUGGACUUUGGUGGUGGACGGUUUGUCUUCAUGGAUCCCAAUAACAACAGAACAGUGGAGGCACAUGCUUUGAGCACGGGGAGAGCGGCAUAAAAGAGCCACACCGCCAGCAGACCAGGGAGAGAGAGAGCCUGGGUCCAGAAAGUGAUUGUUGUGAAGCUGAA